CCAUACCUGUCAACCAAAACACGGCACCUCACAUCUUGUUUUUGACCCUCGAGCGACUUCAACGACCGUGCCCAUUUCUUUUUUGGUCCAGCGUUUUGUAACUUUACCUUGAAGCCUUUCAUUUCCAUGAGUCGACCCUUUUAGACAUCUUCGGUCAUAUCUACACUGCCGAACUUGAAGAUCCGUCGUACUGCACUUUCAAACCAUCGGUGGGAUCGAGUCGUCGGAAUGCCGAUCAAAAUGCCAAAGGGCUUUGCCCGGAGGAAAUCCACAGGGAGCGCGCUAGACGACUUCGAUGAGAAAGAGAACACGGUGUUGCGCCAGACUCCGGAGCCCAUUCCCAAACCAGCGACCGAGCAGGGGUCAUUUCGUGUCAUUCCUCGCACAGAGGUCGACAGGCCCGUUUCGCAAUUCAUCGCUCCGCGCAAACCGAAAGUCGAAAAGGCGAGUACAUGGCUGAGUUUUGGCUCGUCCGGACCCAAGGGAAAGGAGAUCGACGACGAGUCGAGUCCCAAUAACCGGGGAAGUAACGGUAGCAGUGCCGCCAAUUCGGCGUUAUCUAAGGUUUACGACACGUCUUCCUCGUCCGCCCGUCUGAGUUCCAGCUCAACCCUCCCUUCGCAACACGACGACGAACUCUUUCCACGGACCAACAUCCACCACACCCUCCCGGCUAAACUCCCCGCCGCCUCCCAUGGUUCCGAACACAAAUCUUUUAUUCAAUCGGCCCGCACCUGGACAUUAGGUGGCAAGUCCAAACCUCAACCUUCAACUCCCAUACCACCUCUCCCGGAGCAAACUAGUCCAAGAGAAGCUCGAGUCAGCAACGGAACGCGGGACGGAACGCGGGACCGUGCAGUCACCAGUAGUAGUUACGCAAGCACUACCAUACCUCCCAAGCUAGAAGACUCGCUCCCAUCCACGGACUUUGGAUCGGACCUAAGCGACAUGUUCGCAACUCUGACAAAGCGCAAGAGUGGCAUAUUGCCUGAUGAGCCCCAUGCUCCCUCUUCCCCGAACAACGCCAUUCGCUCCGAAUCCGAACCAAUCCUCCCGGCCCAAGCUCGUCUACUUUCUCCUAAUCGUGCCGCUAAUACCCCUUCGCCUCUAAACUACGACCGACGAUCUCACGAUAUCGCUUCAUCUCCUCGCUCAUAUCAGAGCCACGAUUCGCAUGAUGGGCUCAUGCCACGCACCACAUCUACCUCGCCAUACCAGGAGUCCUUUCCCUACCGCUCUAACGGCCCAGCCUCGGAGUCCUUCCUGAAACCUGACGAAUCAAUGGCGUUCAAUAAAUCUAGUCGGGCAACAUCUCGGAGCGCCUCGAAUGACGGCCGACCUUCAUCGCAAAGAUCUUCAUUAAGCUUCCUUCCAGACUCGGGAGAUAGAGAUGCGCAGAUUGUCUAUAAUUCCGUUCGGACUAGUCGAUUACUCGGCGCACAAGAUGCCAUCAGUGGAGGGCCCGAUGCCAAUGACGACCUCUUCGGAAAUCGUUCGACGACAAAACCAAGCCCCCCAAUAAACCACUCGAGACCUCAACUUCGCGCUGUCCAGGAAGUCAACUCAAGUCAACAAUUGCCUGCCGCCCCUGAGGAAGAUGAUUCGCUGUUUAGUACCGCAACUGCUGCAGCGAUCAAAUUCUCGGAUGAAACAGCAUACGCCGAAGUGCAGAAAGAGCAGGGCAAGAAAGUGAUGACGGCUGCGCAAUUCGAGCGUUACAAGAAGCACAAUACCAUCUAUCCCGAGGACAACGCUGAUUCCGAUAGCGACAACUCCGAGACAUACGAGGAGGUUGAUGAGGCUGAACGGAGCAAGCAGACAGCUGCUCACCGACGGAAGCAGGAGGCACAACUUGCGGUCUUCAGGCAACAGAUGAAGAAGACGACAGGAGACCAGGGAGCGCCGACCCGACCGAUUAGCCAAUUCCGACCGAGUCUCGACCGUAUGAGCUUGAGUUCUCCUAACCUGAGUGGUCCUGCUUUCUUGAGCCGCCCGGCCGAUCAUGGUAAUGUUGGAGGUCCCAGCCCACCAGAUGGGUCCCUAUCCGAUGAGGAGGACGACGAUGUCCCGCUUGCAAUUGGGAUGGCUCAUGGAUUCCCACACAAGAAUCGACCGCCGAGCAAGAUGAUCGGAAGCGGGUCGUCGAUCGUUGGGGUCCCUACAGAUCGCCGCGGAAGUCAAAUGCCGCUUCAACGACCCAGUUCCGCUGCCGGUCACCAAUCUAACUCGGGUGGCAAUCGGACUUCAACUCUCCCGGUCUUCGCUCGCAACCUUCCCGCCGAUCCAUUCGGUGCAAACGGCGGAGGAGCAAAUCGCGGUGCACCAUCGGUUGCUGGCGGACGCAUGUCCACGUACGAUCCUAACGCCACGCUUCCUGGAUACCAACCCGGAGGACUUGUCGGCGUCAUCGACUCGGAAGAACGAGCACGGGCUCUUCGACGGGGAAGUCCUAAUGCGCAGAUGAACGCCGCCAUGGGCGUGGGUGGCCAACAAGCUCUCCCAGCCAACAUGCCGCAGCAGAUGAUGGGGAUGCCACCGAACAUGCCUGGCAUGAACCCGAUGAUGAACCCCAUGAACAAUCAAAUGAUGUCGCAGAUGAUGGCGAAUCCGAAUACCAGCCAGGCGCAGAUGCAGAUGUUCAUCGACGCGAUGAACCGCAGCAACGAAAUGAUGGCGAUGAUGAUGGCGACGAUGCAGCAGAACCAAGCUAUGGGCGCACAACCCGGCGUCGGCAACCCUCCCCCCAACCAAUCCGCCUACCUCUCUCCCCACAUGAACCACUCCAACCCCAACCUAAACCGCCCCCACAGCAUGGCAUCCAACCUCCCCGCCCAGCACCAGCCACCGCAACAAUCCAACCCCUACGCCCGCACAAUGAGCAUGGUCAACCCCCCCGCCUGGAACCAACCCGGCAACCGCCAGAGCUCCGCCGCCUCCUUCUCCACCUCCUUCCUCCCCAACGUCCGUAACCAACCCUACGCCAGCAGCAUCGCCCCCUCCGAGCGCUCCACCAUGGGCAUGGCCUCGCGCUACCGCCCCGUUUCCGCUCUCCCCCCGACCAACUUCUCCACACCGCUCCCCGACCUCGACCUACCUCGCAUGCGCACUUCCACCCUCCUCCCCAUGGACGCCCACAGCCACGGCACGCCGACCCCUCCCCUCGACACCCAACACCUCGCGGCGCCGCUACCGCCGCCACACGCGAACGGCACGGUGCAGCCGCGGAAGAGCGGGGUGUUCGCGACGAUCCGGGCGCUGGGGACGAAGGGGAGCAAGAAAGAGAAAGGGGCUGUGACGGUGGUGGAGGAGGAGGAUGAGGAGGGGUGGGGGGACGUAAGGAGACGGAAAGGCAGGAGGGGGCGGAGUCGGAGUCCGGAGAAAGGGGGCGCAGGGAGCGAGGUGCCGGAGGAGUUAAGGGGGUUAUAUAUGGCGGAGAUGUGAUUUACUGAUUUGGGAUUGGAUAUCGAGGGGAAUUUUUGGGGGUUUGUCGUGGAUCGAAGGACGGAACGAGGCGAACCAGAUGGAAAAUUUGGGAACCGGUGGAUGGAUCGGCGGGGACAUGGCUCACGGGAUGGGCCGAUGUGAUUUGGCGGAAGGCAAAGCUCUCUAAUAUCCUGAAUUC